CGACCAUCAAGGAAGCACUCUCGCUCAGCCCAGACACCCAGUUAUCGCAGCAAUCAUGACCGUCAAGCGCAGAAACAACGGACGCAACAAGUCAGGACGUGGACACGUCAAGCCCGUCAGGUGCUCCAACUGCUCACGAUGUGUGCCCAAGGACAAGGCCAUCAAGCGAUUCACCGUCCGUAACAUGGUCGAGUCUGCCGCCAUUCGCGAUAUCUCCGAGGCAUCCGUCUACCAGGAGUACGCCCUCCCAAAGCUCUACAACAAGCUGCACUACUGCAUCUCAUGCGCCAUCCACUCCAAGGUUGUGCGUGUGCGUUCGCGCACUGGACGUCGUGUCCGAACCCCUCCUCCUCGUGUUCGAUUCAACAAGGAUGGCAAGAAGAUCAACCCAGCUGCUGCUGCCAAGGUCGUCGUCUAAAGCUCAAGCAUCAUCUCGUGAGUUCUGACACCUUUUCAAAAGACCAUUUAGCAAUGAAACACAUUCACCAUUACUUGCCUGCCACCUUUCAUUACCUCUUGUGAGGACUGAAUUGCGACCUCGAACUCUAUGAUCUGUGAAAUGGGC